AUGUCGACCUCCAUCACCACCACGCUCGCUUCGCUGACGACAACGGCCGCGUCGCUAGGGCCCGUUGUAAAUGGCACCCGUUUCCCGCCCGGCGCCGUUGCCAACAGCACCAGCACCAGCAACGCAACCGUUCUCGUCCUCCCCCAGCUCACGACUCCAUUCGUCCCGCCGACACAAUGCACACCGGUGCAGAGCUGGACUGCCGCCACGGUCACCAUGACCCUUGGCGACAGCUUUGGCAACACAACCUAUCCGCAGAUUCUGCUGCCCGUCACCAAUGCCCAGUACUCGGCCUGCCAGCCCUCUGGGUGGAACAAUAUCGAGACCAGCUACCGAUUUAGCUACAGCAAAGCUGCUUGCCCCAGCGGCUACAACUACAACCAGCUGUCUGAUUUAUUUAAUAAUCAGCCCAAUACGGACACCAUUCGCACAACAGCAUACUGCUGCCCAAGUGGCUUCUCGUACACCAUGUUUUACGAUAGAGACAUAGUUGGCGUAUCUGGAGCCAACUGCAUAAAGACGACGACCUUGUCACCUACGACGCAAACCACUACAACUACGAUUUCUCCGGGAUCCGCAUCCUCGACCACUACAGGGUCUGCAUCUUCGACUACUACAGGGCCUACAUCAUCGACCACCAAGCCGGCCGCUCUCGCAGCAAGAAAUGCGACGGCUGCUGCGACGCCCACACCAGCACCCUCCGUGGUGACGAUGUUCUACCAACCCUGGUAUAUCGCAUGGGAAAAGCAAGAUGCCUCCGAUCUAUCACCAUCGCCGCCGACCGUAUCAGUACAGUAUCCCGUCAAAACUUGGGAACCGGGUACAGAAAUCGACCCUAGCUUGACACGAAAGCAAACCAACCCCGACGCGUUGGACAAAGGUCUGGGUCAAAUCAUAGGCAUUGUGGCCGGCUGCGUAGCUGCCGCAUUUGCCGCCAUCUCCGCCGUCUGGCUUUGGUUCUUCCUAAGGUCCAGGCGGAGAGACCGAGAGACGUUUGAACGCGAGGAGCACCAACUCCAAGAACAGCGACUGCAACGCAUUGGCGAGUAUCAGAGGUCACGAUCGCCGACCGAUGACGAGCCACUGCCCGUCUACGUCAAGUCCCGGGAGCAAGACAAGGCCACGGUCGCCGGGGUGGCGGUACCUCCGUACAAGGAGCGUCCCAGCUCGGAAAGCUCACGGCACAGUGGCCAGCAGGACUACCAGAAUACACAUGCGCAAGACAGCCGCAGCGGCACGCAUGAAGACACCGACGGGCUGACGCUGCACGAUCAACACACGCUCGAUGGUACAAAUACACAGAACGGCACGCAAAGGCAGAGUGAUGGAUACCGACGGCAUGAAUGA